AAGUCGUCUCUUUUAGGACCCCUACAUGAGGUUAUCCAGUUCAAUCAAGUUGCGCACUUUUUUUGGACUGCAUUCGGCACUGGUAUCGCCAGCGGUUACGAACCCGCCCGGGAAUAUUUUCUUUGCCAGAAUCCAAGACAAGCUAUGGCGUACAGCAAUGAUCUGACAACCCUCCCAUCACACUGCAGAGAUGUGUGCUGUAGCUCUUCUGAAAAUAUCGCCCACGCAAACUAGUGCGGACGAGAAUCUGAAGAGCGGCCUAGCCCAUUGAAAUACGCAUACUCCGUAUACUAUGCGUAGCUGCGAGUGAGAGCCCCUGCGGUUCUCUUUGCAACACGCUGAAAUUUGAGACUGGGCGGGGCAGCAAAGCUAUGAAAAUUAGGAGUGGCUCAGCUGGAAGCACUGAGUGCUAAUCACAGCAGCACUGAAUUUUAUGAUUUUCACCAUUCGAUGAAAUACAGCUAUAUGCUCAACUACCUGAGCGGAAAAGUUUGCUGAAUGAGUAUGGGAAAGUGGUGGAUGAUCGCACGACCCCAAUAGCUUCAAGCUCGAAAAUAUGAAGGAUAAGGAUAAAAAGAGAUAUUCUGCUGGUUGUGCCCAUCGCUCCGCAUUAGCAGUUAUUAAUAUAUCAAUUCAGGCAAAUGCUAGAUCCUUGAAUCAGCUAGUAUCUUUACAUCCCCCCUCCCCCCAUGGUUGAUUGACUAGCGGGCAGUGUGACCAGUCACGUCGCCCUGGUACAUAUACAUUUUAAUGCGUUGAUGAGCUGCAGAUUAUACCGAAGUAUUCAUUUCCAUCCAUAAAUAGGGAAUCAGCUCUAUAUCCCAUUCAUUUCCUCCAAAAGACCAUCCACAACCGCGAAAAUGACACCCAACGACAUCGAAGCCCGUAAAAGUACCUUCUACGAUUCGGCCUAUAAUGCUGAAUAUUAUGACAUAUGGGCCGAAGAGAAUGGUAAGACCCUCGACCUAAAGGACGGCGCACCCUCCUAUCCACCCGUCUUCAAGGAGCAGCUAUCAACACGUUCUCCAAAGCCUUCCCCCGAGACUCCCUUUGCUGUCCUAGACAUUGGGACCGGCACGGGCCGUAUCCUUAUCGAUCUUGCCAACGAUGGCGAACGCCAUGGACUCGACCUAUCAAAUGUCCAUUUUAUUGGCGUGGACACGGAGCAGGCAAUGCUAGAUCGCGCAGAGAAAGCGCAGGCCACCCUCUCAAGCAUGGCGCGAGUUGGCAAAAUUGUGUUUGCUAUAGGUGACGCUGCGACUGUGGCUUCAUCGCCAGCUCUCCAGGACUAUGCCGGCGGCAUUGACCUCCUCUUCUUCGCGGCCGGUAGCAUCAGCCAUCUCAUCGGCCCCGAUGAGCCGCAACGUUUCUUCGCUCAGGUCGCCUCGCUUCUUCGCCCUGGCUCGGGGCGCGUUUACUUCCCCAUUAUGAACCCUCUCAUCUCGAAGAGGUCCAUUACUCAAGAGCCAACCGCUCCGAAAACCUCCACGAGAUUGCAACAGGGGGAAGAGUUCCCAAGCAAGACGUUCCCGAAUAUUAUAUAUAAAAAGUUUCCCCCUGACGACAUCAAGGUGGAUGGAUUUGUCAAGACACACUACCAUGAUUUCCACGUCAUCCGCAGGCUAGAGUCUAGUGAAGAGGAGGUGGUUCAGAACGAUAGGGUGGCGUUUUCGUUGCGAGUAUGGGAGGAACCCGAGCUUUUGGAAUGGACUAAGGAUGCUGGGUUAGAGUGCGUUGAGACGUUCCACGGCAUGCGUGACACUUCCUAUGUUUUCAAACUCCGGGAAUAAAACCUUGUAAACUUCCCAGGUUCGUGAUUCGCCAUGUGUGGUAAACAUAACCUAGGCAUGAUAUAGGCGUGAAAUUCUUGCCGUUUGUGUUGGGUUUUGCAGCUGAGCUAGUCCUGUCUGUAAAGCUUUCUACGGCGAUCGUGUUUACUGAGCUUUAUACUGUCCUGGUAUACAAUUGGCAAUUGCACAAUUUAUAUAGAGCGCAAUUUUAUUCCAGCCGAAGUAAUAAUGAUAAUAUUUUAUCGAAAUCAAGUUAUAUUUUUAAAAAUUC